AUGUUGAGGCGAUUCGCUUCCUGUUUCCAUAAUGAGAAGGCUUCGAGGGGCUUUACUGAUUGCCUCGCAGGCGCUCUACUCUCUACCCAGACAUGCAAAGUCGAGGCGAUUCGCUGUCUAAUUUCGCGACGAGGGCUCCUUGAAAGUUUUUGGGUACAGUCUGCGAAGAUCCAUAGAUCGAAUCUGCAGCAAGAGCUGAACACCUGUGGAAGCGUCCACUUUUCAUCCGUAAGAGCGAUCUUGAUUGGAUUCGCUGCUUGCUUCGGCGACCAUAAGGCAUCGAAGGAGUUGGCUGGAUUGCCAACUGUCUCCCUCUACGCUGACGUUGGGCCGCAUGUGGCUCGUUGGGGGCUUACGUGUACACUGAGACUUCCAGAGAUCGAAAUCUUGAACGUGAUGUUCGCUGAAAGUUCGCUGGCAGCCUGGCUGCAGCCGCCACGACUUUUGGCAAUCGCUGGUCGCGUGUCAGGCACGGCACCGAGUACUGAUCGUCACAUGCGACUGCGCUGCGACCGGAAGCAGCCUCUGCAAUACGCCACUGGCACAUUAUCCGCCUUUUGGUCCAGAUCCAGCACUUCAGACUUACCGACACACCAAACGCCUGGCGACAACCACAGCCCUCGAUAUUGAGCGCGCAAGCGCAAGCGCAUCCAGAGCACAAUGUCCGUCUGGAACCCAGAAAAUGUGACUGAUGUCGCCGAGUCGGUCGGUAUCGCAUCUCUUAACAAGGAGGUCUCCGAACAUCUGGCGCGCGACGUCGAAUACCGAAUCGCCCAAGUCCUCGAAGAAGCCUUGAAAUUCAUGCGCCAUGCGAAACGAACAACGCUCACGACACAAGACAUAUCACAAGCGCUGCGAGUGCUAGAUGUCGAACCACUCUACGGAUAUGACUCUACCAGACCACUGCGAUUUGGCGAAGCCUCGAUAGGACAAGGCCAGCCAUUAUUUUACGUGGAAGAUGAAGAGGUGGACUUUGAGAAGCUGAUCAAUGCGCCGCUGCCCAAGGUGCCGCGAGAAAUCAGCUUCACCGCGCAUUGGUUGGCGGUGGAAGGAGUGCAGCCCAGCAUACCUCAGAAUCCAACUCAAGCCGACCAACGGAAUCAAGAGCUGGCGGCCAAGGGCCAAGGCGCAAACCCGACUCUUGCGGCUAUGAGUGGGAACGACAAUGUCUCCGUAAAGCCGCUGGUCAAGCACGUCUUGUCGAAGGAGCUGCAGCUUUACUUUGACCGCAUUUGCACCGCCAUCAUGGACGAGAACAACGAGGAUAAUCGCCUCGC